AUGCGUGACAACUGUGGCAAGAAGAGUUUCUUUGGUAAACAGCUACCAUGUCCCGACAAUGGUCCCGCUAACGAGCCUAGCGUCGAACUGCGCAAACUGCUUGUGUCAACUUGUGGUCCUGCUUAUGAGCAUUCCAAAACUUGCUGCAGUCAAGAUCAACUUGAAAACCUUGUUUCCUCUACUAAACAAGCUUCACCAAUGAUUUCAGCCUGCCCUGCCUGUUGGGCCAACUUUCUAAACUUCUUUUGUACAUUCACCUGUUCACCCAACCAGUCUAUGUUUUUGAAUGUUACAGGCACAGGAUUGUCUACGGACAAGAAGCCUGUUGUUACAAAGCUGGAUUUCUUGGUGUCAGAUCAAUAUGGUUCAGGAUUCUACGACUCCUGUAAGGAUGUUAAAUUUGCUGCUACCAAUGGCUUUGCUAUGGAUCUUAUCGGAGGUGGUGCUAAGAACUGGAGGGAUAUGGUAGCUUACAUGGGACAGGAGCGCGAAAGUCUUGGAUCCCCUUUUCAGAUUGAUUUCCCAAUUGAAGACCCAACAGGAACUCUUACACCUUUUGAAGGGAUCACUCGACGUUGCAAUGAUACGGAUGUGCAGUACCGAUGUUCAUGUGUUGACUGCCUGCCUGUGUGCCCAAUUCUUCCACCAACGCCAGAUGAACAACCGCCUUGCAAAGUUUUCGGUAUUUCUUGUUGGAGCUUCUCAUGGACAUUCAUUUACACAGUAACACUUGCUGCAGCUAUCGGAAUGCUGGUGCUCCGCAGGAGGAUCAAUGGUUCAAAAGACUUGAUUGGGUUCGAGCCAGUGACGCGGAAUGACGAAGAUGACGAGGACAGUCAGCAUCUUUUGGAUCCUGAUCAGUAUACUGGUCGAUAUGUUGUCAGUGCGCUGCUCCAGGAGUGGUUUUAUCAUCAAGGAUAUCUCUGCGCUAAGCACGCAUGGAGGACCAUCGGCAUCUGUUUUGGAUUAGUUGCCUUUUUUUCGCUUGGAUGGUCGCGUUUCGGUGUUGAAACGGACCCAGUCAAACUUUGGGUCGCACCUGAUUCAACUAGCGCAAUGCAUAAAGCCAUCUUUGAUCAAAACUUUGGACCAUUCUAUCGCACCGCUCAGGUCAUUGUUUCUUACAAGGAUGGCAAUGCACCAAUUGUGGAUGAGCAAUCUUUCAAGCGUCUCUUCAUGAUAAAUGAUCGUAUCAAGGCUCUUCAGACUGAGCAAGGCGUGACAUUGGCGAAUAUUUGCCUGCACCCAACAGGAGAUGAGUGUGUUAUCCAAUCCCCAACAGGGUACUGGCAGGAUGACAUUAGCAGAUUCUCGGAUGCAUGGAAGGAUGAAUUCGAAGGAUGUACUAACGAUCCCGCGAGUUGCCUACCAGAAUUUCAGCAACCACUCAAGCCAGAUAUUAUUUUAGGAGGAUUUGAUGACCAGAAUUACUUAAGUGCAAAAGCUUUUAUCAUUACCUACGUAAUCCAGAACUCGGUUGAUCAAGAGAUCACACAACGAGCACAUGAAUGGGAACUUCGUUACCUACAGUUCAUGAAUGACCUUGUUAACAACCGUAUCGAAGGCAUCAGGACUGAAGAUUUGAGGAUUUCAUAUUCCUCCGAGGCGUCUUUGGAGAUCGAACUUAACAAAUCCAGCAAUACAGAUGUCCGAACUGUGAUUCUGUCUUACCUAGCAAUGUUCCUUUAUGCUUCAUUGGCCUUGGGACGUUUUCAGGUUUCUUCGCUUAGAAGAAUGGUCAUCGAUUCAAAGUUUACAUUGGGUAUGAGUGGAAUUUUUAUUGUGCUAGCCUCUAUCUCAACUUCUGUGGGUAUCUUUUCUUUCCUCGGAUACAAGAUCACCUUGAUUAUUGCCGAAGUGAUUCCUUUCUUAGUCUUGGCCGUAGGUGUCGAUAAUAUUUUUAUUCUCUGCCACGAGUUUGAAAGGCGCAAGAUGAACCAUCCUGAGGAGAGUAUUGAAGAGUGUGCAGGACGAACACUAAGUAGGAUGGGGCCUAGCAUCCUCUUGAGCGCCCUCAGUGAAACAAUUGCAUUUGCACUUGGAGGCAUGGUCACGAUGCCUGCUGUUAGUGUUUUUGCUAUGUAUGCCGCUAUGGCAGUCUGGGUCGACUUUUUACUUCAGGUAACCGCUUUUGUGUCCUGCAUUGCUCUCGAUGCCCAGAGAGCCGAGGAAGAUCGGAUCGACUGUGUGCCAUGCCUCCAGAUUCAAGCACCUCAAGGUAUUGAGACUGAGGGUGCGUUGCCGGCAUGGGUACGCAAGUAUUACGGACCUUUAAUCUUAAACAGCUCGGUGAAAAAGAUCGUUAUCGCAGCAUUCCUAGGCUUGUUGACAAUUGGGCUAUGCCUCAUGCCAAGCCUCGAGAUUGGUCUUGACCAACGUCUGGCCUUGCCAAAUGACUCUUACAUGGUUCAAUUUUUCAAUGACCUGGACAACUACUUCCGUGUAGGACCCCCUGUUUACUUUGUUGUGCAGGAUGUAGAUGCAACGACACGUCAUGGACAGCAACAAAUCUGUGCUCGUUUUUCAACCUGUUCUGAUUCAUCCAUCGCCAAUGUUCUAGAACAGGAGCGUAAGCGACCUCAUGUUUCAUAUAUUGAGCAACCAGCUUCAGUCUGGAUUGAUGACUUCUUGCACUGGUUAAAUCCCGCGAUUGAGACAUGCUGUCGAUUUCGUAAACGAGAUCCAACAAAACUCUGUGGACCAUGGGAUGAUGAGGAUGAGUGCGAUGUUUGUUACGCAGGCAAGGAGCCAGGAUGGAACAUCUCCAUGAACGGUCUACCUGAAGGUCAAGAAUUCAUGAGGUACCUUAGUGAAUGGCUCAAGGCAAGUCCUGAUGAAUACUGCCCCUUGGCUGGAAAAGCUGCAUAUGGAGAUGCCAUCAAACUAAACGCGGCCGGCGAUUGUGUUAAAAUGUCGCACUUCAGGACCUAUCAUACACCUAUGCGGAAUCAACAUGAUUUUAUUGCAGGAUAUAAAAGCGCACACAGGAUCUCAGAGGAAGUCUCGAAGCAGACAGGCGCCAAUGUCUUCCCAUACUCUGUAUUUUACAUAUUUUUCGAGCAAUACAUGGAUAUCAUCCCGUUGACAAUGAGACUCUUGAUCGUAGCCAUGGUUUCUGUUGGACUGGUGACAGCUGGUGUGCUAGGCACUGCCAAAGUGGCGCUUGUCGUUGUCGGUGUUGUUGGGAUGAUUAUGGUCGAUGUUGUGGGAGCCAUGGUCCUGAUGGGCGUAUCAUUGAAUGCCAUUUCGCUCGUUAACCUUGUUAUCUGCGUCGGUAUCAGUGUCGAAUUCUGUUCACACAUUGCACGGGCUACUGUUGAAGCAGAAGGAAGUCCUGAUGAAAGGGUCUUUGGAGCCCUUGUUGAAGUGGGUAGCUCCCCUUUACGCGCUCUAAGAUCUUUGAGGUCUAUUAUUUCCGAAUGUAUCUGGCAAUUGUCGUAA